AUGAGGAUAUCUGUUUGUAUGCUCGCCAUUUUAAUUGGAUCAAGCUCUGCUGGUUUUCUCGGUGGUAGCUCCGGUGGUGGAGGUGCUUAUGGUGGUGGUCCCGGUGGACACGGCGGUCAUGGAGGUCAUGGUGGAUAUGGUGGUUCCGGAGGUAGCGGAGAGAUAAAAACUAUUCAAAUCAUUCACGAAGAAGCCGCUGGACACGGCGGAAGCUACGGGAGUCACGGCGGUCAAGGGGGCCAUGGGCAUCACGGUGGUUUUGCUGGCCACGGGAUAGGUGGAGGGGAGGUCAAAACCAUAAAAGUCAUUCAUGAACAGGGAGGAGCAGUCGGCGGACAUCAUGGUGGUAAUGGUGGUCAUGGACAUGGUGGGGGCCAUGGUGGCAGCAUUGGAACCAUCAAAGUUAUACACCAACAAGCUGGUGGCAAUAGAUUCUCAAAUGGUUAUGCUGGCAAUGGAGGCUACAGCUAUGGCAAUGGCGGACAUAGUGGCCAUGCUGGUGGUCAUGCUGGUGGACUUGAUGGGGGUGCACCACGUGGUGGUGUGGUAAAAACAAUUAAAGUUAUUCAUGAGCAGGGGCAUGCAGGUGGCAAUGGAGUGGGCGCCUCAAUUGGUGGAGGAGCUAUUGGCGGUGGUCACGAUGAAGUCAAGACCAUUAAAGUCAUUCAUGAGCAAAGUGGUGCAGUGGGCGGUGGUUCCGGUGGAGGUUAUAAUUAUGGAAGUGCAGCUGGAGGUGCUAUUGGUGGCGGCGAGGUCAAAACCAUCAAAGUCAUUCAUGAGCAAGCCGGAGUUGUAGGUGGUGGUGCUUUUGGUGGAAGCGCAAUCGGUGGUGGUGAAGUGAAAACCAUUAAGGUAAUUCAUGAGCAAGCCGAUAUCGCAGGUCAUUCCAGUGGUGCACACGUAGGCGGAGGAAGCUAUGGAGGUGAUCAUGGUGGACAUAAUGUCGAUUCAUUUGAAACCAUAAAGUCGCUCAAAUUAAUUGGUGAAUUAGAUGGUGGUUAUGGCGGUUCAGGGGGAAAUGCGAACGGUGGCGGCCAUUUCAGUGGUGAAGCAUCCGCAAGUGGAAAUAUCGGCGGUGCCUCCGGCGCUGGUUACCUGCCCCCAGUUAAUGAAUACGUGCCUCCAUCAAGUGAGUACGGCCCUCCAUCAGAUCAAUAUGGACCUCCACCAAGCCAGUAUGGGCUUCCAUCUAACCAGUAUGGGCCCCCUUCCAACGAGUACGUACCUCCCUCAAAUCAGUACCUGCCACCAAAAUUGUAA